GUAUCUUCCCGCAAGAAGACGCUUAUCCAAGCGUUCCAUUCGCGAAAUUAUUCGAUUCUAGAAUUUGGGAAUUUUCCGGAUAUUCAGGUCCGGGCCAUCUUCAAUCCAUCCCGAAAGUUAUCCGGGUCCGUAGCGCAUAAAUUCCCAAAUGUCGGUUAACAAGAAAAGUGUCUCGGCCAAACGGAUCUGGAUUUUAGCCAUAAGUUCGAUAUUCCUGCUCGUUCUCCUUUCCAAAUGCACGAAUGGGUUCAAGCUGAAAGAUAUCACUGCGCAUGACCAAGAGGACGGGAAUAAAUCACCACGAAAAAUUCAACCGCUUUACAGUACCGGUGGGAAAGCGACACAGUUCCGGAAAAUCGUGAAAAUUGUGAAAAUUGAAGAUGACGAUGAAGCAGAAGAUGAGGAAAAUGAAGAGGAAAGUGAUGAAGGUCCGGACCCGGAUUAUAAAUUUGAAAAAGUGAGAAAAGCUGAUAAAGUGGAGGUGGACAAAGCGGAGCCGAUAUUCAAAACAAUUGAAAAGGAAGAAGAAAAGGAGCAGGAUAUUGUUGUGGAAGAAGCGAAGGAGACGCUCUCAUUUUCGGUAUUGUCUUUAUUGAGGAUAUUUGGAAUUGGCGAUGGAGACGAAGGUAAAGAAUCCAACUCCCUUAUAAACUGGCUUAAAAGUUUCAAACGUGAGCAACCUGUAGUCGAAGAACCUCAGAAGACUUCUAAGGACCCAGAUGAGAGCAUUUAUGAUAACCUCAUGGGCUAUUUAGAUCGAUGGCCGUUCAACUUGAUAAUUCAGUUCGAUGAAACCAAAGAAGGCUACAAGGAAGCAGAUUCCGAUAGCAAAACAACAGGACACCACAAACCAGCAGAUACGCCAAUCACCCAAGAGCAGUUCGAUUAUCUACUCAACCGAUUACCAAGCUUUGCUAUUAAUCCAAACGUAAUUGAAGAAGUGGAAUGCAAAAAACAACUUCAAAUCUUCGCAAGACAACUUCGAGGACAGAAACUAUGGACACUACAAAUGUUUGAUUCGACUGGAAAAAUAUCUUCCAGCAUCCUUCGCGGUAAUAUCAACCAAUUUGGAGAUUUCGAUCAAUGCACACAAAUCAAGACAGUGGUCAAAGUUAGUGCUGAGGAGUCGGUGAGAAUCAAAGGGAAAUACUGUCUGGCUCACAUCGAUCUGGAAGCAGUUGAUAGUGGAUUGAAGCUGCCGAUUCAUAUGGCUCAAGGACGAGGUUUACUGAAAAGUCGUUACCAAAAUCCUUCUCAUUUUGUCCCACGAUAUACCACAGUGAAUUGGGGAGUAUGCCUGCCAAAUGCCUGUUCCGCACGAAGCGUGAAAAAAAUGCUGGGAGCUGACCUAAAGGUGUUCAAUUCAUCAGGAGUUUACUUCUAUGUUGAUGUUAAUGAAAAGGAUUGUUUUGUGCGGAAAAAUCAAUCAAUUACCAAUUUGAUAACGACCAACUGGAAGCUUGGGUUAACCAUCGCCUUUUACGGUUCAUUUCUACUGCUUGCAAUUGUGGGGACCAUAACUGAAUACUGGAGCGUCGUUCGAAAAUUUCUGAUUCGCAAUGCAAAAAAUCUACUCAAGACUAGUAAAUCCCAAACUGAAAAGGAAGCAUCGGCCGAUGAACAAUCAGACGAUCAAUGCAGUAGUCCCGAUACAACAGGUUCACCUCAUGAGUACUCAAUCAUGAGACUCUUUCGAGAAGGCAUUCUUUCGUUUUCAUUGAAGCGGACCCUGGCCAGACUCACCGGCUCGAAUCAAAGUGGUGAAAUUGUAGCCAUCAAUGGACUAAAAGUGCUGGCCACCUUUUCAAUCUACCUAUUUCUCAAAUUCUUGAUGCUGGGUCAUCUGCCCAUAACGAAUCGCGAUACGCUUGUGAAGCUGAUCAGUCAGCCUUUCAGUAUUGUACUGAGGACUCCACUGAUGUAUUUAGACACGUUCUUAUUCGCUAGUGGUACAGUUGCUGCGUACAGGAUGUGUCAGGAGCACGAGGAAAAAUCGGGAAUUUCGGUUAUGAGGCGGAUCGUUGGGAGGUUGAUUCGAUCUUUGCCAACUCUUUUUGCGGUUCUGUAUUUUCAAACAUGGGUGCUACCCCAUAUCGGAUCGGGUCCUCUUUGGAGCAAUUUGGUGUCACAUAAUACAAAAUUGUGUGAGCAAAAUAUGUGGCGGAACUUCUUCACAAUCCAAAAUGCUAUGAAUCUGGAAGAAACGUGCUCUCCAUUCACUAUUCAACUAGCUGUCGACCAACAAUUGUAUCUAUUAACACCUCUAAUCGUUUGGCUCUACUAUAGCAAUUCGGAUGUGGGACUCAUAGUUUAUAGUGCGAUUCACGCCAUUUCCGUAGCUGUAAGAUUCUCGAGGACAACUACCGAUCGACUGUCACCAAUUGUUUUCCACGGCAUGAAUGUAAGUCAAUUUUAUCGAACGGCAAAUUUUGUCUACUCAUCACCUUUACAACGUGCAACCGCGUACGUGUCCGGAAUUGGGAUGGGUAUCCUGCUGAAGUCUAUAAAUGGUUCAUUCAGGCUUUCCAAGAUCGCACAGUGGACGGGAACCAUGACAGCACUGUGGUGCAUAGUGUGGUGCUUCUGGUAUCCAUCACCAAGUGUGCAAGUGGACUUUAUCUAUGAACCUGCUGUCAUGGCUCCGUACGCCUCAUGGGCGCCACUGUUGUUGUCCUGCACUUUAGCUUGGGUGACAUUUAUUUCGCAUACGAACAAUGCUCCAGAAUGGCUUCAGUCAAUACUAUCAUCCCAAAUCAUCCAUUUCUUGAGCAAAAUAGCAUACCCCAUGCAAAUGGUGACCUAUGUGGUUCUCAUCUACUCAGUGGGUGUAACGAAGGAGCUUACAACUUUCACUAUUUCUGAUUUGAUUAAUUUCCAAGAAAUUACAAUCAUAAUUGCAGCCUCUACCAUAAUCGCCAUGCUCUUCGACUUUCCCAUGCAGAACAUUCGGAAAAUUCUCAUAGAAUUUGAAUUCCCACCGAACAAAUUACCAGUUGAAGCAAUCGAAGAUAUUCCGGUAGAGCACAGAUUACCUUGGGUCGACGAUACGCAGGACACACGAAACAGGAAAUUUAGUGAUUUCAACAGUAGUCAUGGAAUACGACAAAACUAUCACGAUAAUGACGAGGUUAACUCAGAAAAGCAAAAGGAUGAAACGCUAGGAGAGGAUUCGGAAUCUAAUGUCGAAGAUAUUCCGAAUCGUGUGAAAUUUAGUAGAGUUGAAAAUGUAAAUGGUAGUGUGGAUUUUGAAUGGAGAAGCUCCAAUGAAGUACCUGAAGAAAGCUGGAGAACAGAAAGCGAUUUAGAUGCACACGAUUCUAGUAGCGAUUCACAGCACAUAGAAGACUCAGAUGAAAUCAAUAAUGGAGUAGGACAUAGUUAUGAAGACGAAAACGAGGAAGACGAAGAAGAGGACGACAUUUCCGAAUCGGAUGAAGUUAUUCGAAGACCAGUUGGAUUGGAGCAAGCUUACCCAACUUAUAGAGUUAGAGGUAGAUGGGAGUGAAACGAAAGUUAGGCUGUUAAAGAAAACUAU